GCGCCCAGCGGGACCGUCCCGCUGCCGCCCCGCCCGCCGCAGCUCCCGCCGCUGAAUUUGCUCCGGUCCCUUGAUUGUUUCGCUCCCACCGAGAACUUUGUUUACAGUCCCUUGUGCUCCGAGCUGCAUCCCCUCUUAUGCUGCCUGCGGGCUGGUGGCCGCCGCAGUCCCGCCCGGCGGCCGGGAGGAAACUUCCACGCUAGAAUAUUGUCACCUCCAAUCCAUCAUUGAGCAACAUCUGACCCUUCAAAGCUUCAAGCAGCUCUUUCUGCCUUGAAUCAUCAWACAAGACACCUUCAGCACUGUUCCUCUGCUUUCUGAGCCAAGGAUCUCUCACCAUGGAUUUCUCCUGGAUCUGCGCAGCGCGUGCUCAGCAGAGCCUGCUCUAGCCUGAGACCUGACCAAAUCAGGCAAUCAAGAUGACAAACGAACCUAUCAAAGAGAUCCUGGGCACCCCAAAACACCCCGAUUCCAUCCCCCCAGAGAAAAGCAACAACAAUGACUGUGUGAUAACCACCAUCCCCCUGGUCAGYGAGUGCCAGCUGACGGCCGCCACGGGCGGGGCAGAGCUCUCGUGCUACCGCUGCACCAUCCCCUUCGGCGUGGUCAUCCUGAUCGCCGGCAUCGUGGUCACCUCRGUGGCCUACAGCUUCAACUCCCAUGGAUCCAUCAUCUCUGUCUUUGGCCUGGUGCUCUUGUCCUCAGGACUCGUUCUGCUGGCUUCCAGCGCYGUGUGCUGGAAGAUCAGGCAGCAGAAGAAGAAGGCGAAGAGGAGGGAGAGCCAGACGGCGCUGGUGGCAAACCAGAGAACCUUGUUUGGCUAAAGGCAACCGACGGAAGGCAGAACCUUUGUAAGUCAACCCGGCUAUUUAUCAGUAGGAGAGAUUGCAGGUUUUAAUUUAACUGUGGAAACAAACUGAAAUGAAAAUGGAAUGGAUUAAGAAAUGCUCUUAACAACUCUGCAAGUGCUCUUAAUAUUUCUGUUACUGCAGACUUAGUAGUGAUUCUUUCCAAGACGGAGGAAAACUCAUUUUUCCUUUACAAAAAGCUGUAUCGUCAUAACUGCAGCCAUCCUAACUGCGUUCUCCAACAUGCUGAUCGUGUUGGAAAGGGAACUUGUGGGAGCUAAGGAAAUAAUUUGAACUGACUUGAAAUGCCAGAGAUCUCCUUAAAACCCUGACAUUUGACCAAGGGAGAAGUCAUAGCAUUUGAAGUGACUGGAAGCUUAUGGCCAGAGUAUCUGGGACUAAAACUGUAGCUAAAAAAAAAAAGGCAAUAAGAACACAUUGCAAAUUGCUCAAUAAGCUGAUUGUUAUAUUUUAUGUAACUUUCCCCUCACAAUACCUGUGGUACUUUCCCCUUUUUUUAAACCAACUAAUAUUGAUCUUGUUUUAUUAUUGAAUAGAAAUCAGUAGAAAUGUGUAAUUAUAUUGUCUAACCUGAAUAACGAGGUAUGAUCAUAGCUUAAAAMAUGAGACUUUUUUGUAAAUUAAAGUGGUCAGGUUUAGCACCUUUGAUUAUUUUGCUAUAAAAUUGAAAAUAAAUUUCAUUAAAAUAAUAUUCAGUGCUGCUAGACCUUUAGAACAUCUUCCUUUAAUGCUAUCAAGACAGCUUGUUUCUUCAACUCAGACUGCUUUAUGUYUCUAUUUUUGUAGAACAACCCCUGUGACAAUAACUGUGAACACAUGUAUUGCUGAUCUCUUACAAAAACCUCUGCAGCUCGUGGACUUUGGUUUGAUAGUCCAUCCCUCUGCAGCUUGAUUAACAGCUCUGUUUUUGCAAAAUCAUAGCAGACAGUUCUGCAGACACUCUCUGGCACAGUCAGUUUGAGACACAACUAUUAAUAAKAACAUGUGGAAGCAAAGCCAUGUGUGUAGUGUUUGCUGACUGAGCUUUGGGAUAUGAAUCUUCAUGAAAAGCAGGUGCCAGGUGUCCCCUGACUGUGGCUGAGGUGUUGAUUCUGUAACUCCUGAGUUCUAGAGGUCUUCMAUUUCUCAGGUAAUGCAUUAUUUGGGGGCUUGUCCCAAACUGAAGCAAACCAGAGCAUGAUUUCUC